GAUGAGCUCCGGGGAUCGUCUAGUCAGGCCUGAGCGGCGGAAGGAGGCGCCGAAGCUGAAACUACGGAAGCUCAGCGGCCUUCGGCGGGCGCGCCGGCUUCGGAGCUUGUUAAAAUGGGUCGCCGCUCAUCAGACACCGAGGAAGAGAGCAGAAGCAAAAGAAAAAAGAAACACCGUAGGAGGUCAUCUUCAAGCAGUUCUUCUGAUAGCAGAACUUACAGCCGUAAAAAAUCAGGAAGGAAGUCAAGGUCACGGUCUCGAGAUCUCCAGUUUCGUUCACAUUCAUAUGAAAAGAGGCACAGGCAUCGAUCUAGCAGCAGCUCUUCAUAUGGAUCCAAGAGAAAACGGAGCCGGAGCCGUUCAAGAGACCGAGGAAAAUUAUAUCGGUCUCAGAGAUCAAGAUCAAAGAGCAGAACAAGAAGGUCCCACUCCAGACCUCAACAACGGUCUUAUAGCCGAAGCAGUGAAAGGACCAGUCACAGAAGAACACGCAGCAGAUCUCGUGAUAAAGAAAGACGUAAAGGCAGAGAUAAAGAGAAGACAAGAGAGAAGGAGCGGGCUAGAGGAAAAGAAAAGGACCAGCAUUAUACCCAAAGUGGGGAUGCUGGAAACAUCAAAGCUGGAUUAGAACAUCUGUCCGCGGCUGAACAGGCGAAAGCUAGAUUACAGUUGGUUCUUGAAGCUGCUGCAAAAGCUGAUGAAGCGUUAAAAGCUAAAGAAAGAAGUGAAGAAGAAGCAAAGAAGAAAAAGGAAGAAGACCAAACCAGCCUCGUAGAGCAAGUGAAACGAGUAAAAGAAAUUGAAGCAAUUGAAAGUGACUCCUUUGUUCCACAGACAUUCAGAUCAAGUAAAGAAGUCAAAAAGGCAACAGAACCCGCUGAAGUCAAAAGCGAAGCUGCAGCAGCAGAACCGGGAAGUUCUGUUCUCACAUCUAUUGAAAAAGAAACAGUGCCUGGAAUUAUUCCUACUGCUAUCAAAUACCAAGAUGAAAACUCACUAGCCCAUCCUAACCUGUUUGUUGACAAGGCAGAAGCAGAAGAAAGAUGGUUCCAGAGGCUGAUUUCUCUUCGUCAAGAGAGGCUAAUGGGCAGCCCUGUGGCCUGGGUGAAUUAAACAGCCUACAGAAUUUCAGUGUCUUCUGUGCUAUAAAAAUCCAGUGGUAAAACUGGAUGAGUGUCCAAGUAAGCAUGGCCUAUCAGGAAAUAAAUUUUUUAUCCUGGCUUCUGUUUGAGGCCAACAUUGUUUUAAUUGAGAAUUGUCUUAGCAUAACUGCGCGUAUCUGAAUGGAUGGUGGGUAGAAUGAAGAUGAGAUGAGAGGGAGCACCAGAAGAUCUGCUAAAUUACUGCAUAAAAGAAAUUAUGCCUUAUUGUCCUGAAGGCAGCUGAGAGAUCCUGGUGGUGUUUUGACAGAAUUCAGUCCUGUUGGGAAGAACAUUUAGGAUUUGUUUCCUUAACAAUCUAAUACCUCUUUCCUCCCAACAGAAGCAGGCAAGUCCUAACUUUCUCUGUUCUCUAUCAUUAUUAAAAUGUAAUCAUAUGCUUUGCUGCCUGUUCAACAAAUUAUUCUGAAUACAGGACACAGACAAAUAGAGGGGAAAGAGAAGAGAUCAUUUGGUGUUUUGCAGUUUUCAUUCUUAAACUGUCUCCAGUGUGUAGUUAUAUAGAUGCAAUUGUAAGGUAUUAAGAUACUAUUUAGUACCUCUGUGCUCUAAGGGUGAAACAUACCUCUAGAUUCUGUGACACUUUCCCCAUUGAUGCUCAUUCAAAGUCCAGGCAUGGAGCUCCUUGAUAAGAACUGGAAACUGGCAAUUGUAUAGGAAAGGCACCCACUAUCCCUAAACUACAUAAUGACAGUGUAAUCUUAUUAAGUAUGCUUUGCUAACAAUUCAAGGUUCUUUAAAUAAAAGAGUAUUUUGAGCUAUGCAC